CGGACUUCCAUCGCGUUCUGUUCGUUUCUCCGAUCUCCGUCCGGUUACGCUACGCGUCACGAUAGAAAGAGAGGGAGAGGUAGCCGCCGAGAAACGCCACAGGACAUAAGUGCCUUCUUCCAUCUUCGCCGCGCACGGUGACUCCCGUCAGGAUGGCGGACGACAACCACGAGAACGGCACCAGUAACGGCGACGUGCCCGAAAUCGAGCUGAUCAUCAAGGCAUCGACGAUCGAUGGCCGUCGAAAGGGCGCCUGUCUCUUCUGCCAGGAAUACUUCAUGGAUCUGUACCUCUUGGCGGAGCUGAAAACGAUCUCUCUGAAGGUGACCACCGUGGAUAUGCAGAAACCGCCGCCCGACUUUCGCACCAACUUCCAGGCCACGCCGCCGCCCAUCCUGAUCGACAACGGCGACGCGAUACUGGAGAACGAAAAGAUUGAACGGCACAUCAUGAAAAACAUCCCCGGCGGGCACAAUCUGUUUGUACAAGAUAAGGAAGUGGCCACUCUCGUGGAGAACUUGUUCAGCAAACUCAAGUUGCUGCUGCUGAACGCGAAGGACAAGGACAAGGAUCCCAAGUCCUCAUCGCUGAUGGCGCAUCUGCGCAAGAUCGACGAGCAUCUGGGCCGCAAGGGCACGCGCUUCCUCACCGGCGACACCAUGUGCUGCUUCGACUGCGAGCUGAUGCCGCGACUGCAGCACAUCAGGGUCGCCGGCAAGUACUUUGCCGACUUCGAGAUACCGGAGACCCUGGUGCACCUGUGGCGAUACAUGCACCACAUGUACAGGCUCGACGCUUUCCUACAGAGCUGCCCGGCCGAUCAGGAUAUCAUUAAUCACUACAAACUGCAACAGGGUAUGAAGAUGAAGAAGCACGAGGAACUGGAGACGCCGACCUUCACCACGAGUAUCCCGAUCGAGGUCAACGACGACUAGGCUGGACCUUCCUCAGCGUCUGCGAUCGCGUGACUUCGAUUAGACAUCGACAUCGGCCUAUAGCGAGACGGCGAAUCGCCUCGACGGAGUUCUAACGGCGCGCAUUUUGUAAUUUAAUAUAUUCAACAUUAGUAUCGAAAAAAUAAGCAGGGAUUUGUCCGCUAGAACGUCCGUCUUUUGAACUGCGAAAGCUCGUGUCAUCGCGACAUCGAUCAAAUUCAUAUCUUUUUGCUAAGCAAUCAUUGCUGUAUCACAUCCCUUUCUUGUGGGAUCAAGUCAGGUGUAAAACGGAUUAGUUUUUUUACUGCAAACGACGCGAAAACAUAUAUAAGUGCAUUAAGGCAUUCAAAGUCUUAAAAACGAUUCUAGAAUAUUGAUCUUCUCCAUUUUUCUUCUACUUUCUUUUUUCCCCUUCGCUAUGUACAGCGUACGUAGUUUUGACCUGAGUAGUAUUAGCAAGAUUUUAAUUUGCUCUAUUGUUGAUCUAAGGUUUAAAUUUAUCAGGAGAAGCGAUGAUGAUAUUGCCAUUCUCUGACGGCAACAAUCAUGGAAACUAACACCAAGAAUGCAAAAGAAACGUAUGCCUUCGAGAGAAUCAAAUUGGUGCCAUUAUUGUAUUUUUGCAAUCCUUAAUACGAAUUAUCCUUUGGAUAGUGAUCAUUAUUCCUAGGCAUUAUUCUUACAUAAGACUAAGCAAAUAAAGUAGGUGAAAUCAAUGUAGAACGCUUGAUAAAAUAUUUCAACAUCGUUCUUGAAUUUGCGUAAAUAUUUUUAAACAUUAGAUUUCUCUUUUUUUUUCUCGUUUUCAUUCAACCACUCAUCACGAGCUAUAGUAACAAGAUACUUAAGCAUGAUUGGGAUUUGCAUGAAUAGGAAGAGUACGUCGUUUGGAAUUAUAAAUUUGUUUAACACGGCUUUACGCCGUGCUCUUAAACGCGUUUGCACGAUAGAUAAACAAAGACAGGUUAUCGUUAUAUACGUAGAAGAAAGAAAAAAUACGUUUUUCCGUAUCUCUCGCGAGACACGUGAUCAAGAGUGCGUACGUUUCUUCUGGAUUCCGCAGCGCGGUUCGAGGCAUCUUGUUAUUCCCGUUUCAUCGUUAGCCACUUUUACUGAUUUACAAGCAGAGAACGAGCGCAAAACAGUUCCCACGAUUGUUUUCCCUGAGUCGAAAGCAUUUAAAGUAACAGCAUCCGGGAACUCGACUCCUACAUUUGCUUAUUUUCACUAAUCCGCUGUUCCAGAAAACCGAGCAACAGUGCGACUCGUAAGCAACUGUCUAUUUCGCAUUAGUAAUUCUAUUAUUAUUAUAAUUAUAAUUAUUACUAUUGUAUUAUUAAUUUUGGUUUAUAUAUCCGUAGAAGUCAAUAUACCAGUGUUUACAGUAAUGCCUGGAGCACCCCAUCAUUUAUUAUGACGCAGAUGCGCGGCAUAGGCUAAGUUCUCGUAUAAAAUAUUAUAAUUUUAUACACGA